AUGCUUCCGUUCAUCAACACAGUGAUAGUAGUGCAGUACAGCAGCGGCAGGAUUACUACUGGUACCACCAGCAGUGGCAGGAUUACUACUAGCACUACUAGCAGCAGCAGCAUUACUACUAGUACUACUAGUAGUGACAGGAUUACUAAUAGUACUACCAGCAGCGGCAGCAUUAGUACUAGUAGCAGUGGCAGCGUUACUACUAGUACUACCAGCAGCGGCAGUGUUACUACUGGUACUACCAGCAGCAGCAGGAUUACUAUUGGUACUACUAGCAGCAGCAGGAUUACUACUAGUACUACCAGCAGCAGCAGGAUUACUACUGGUACUACCAGCAACGGCAGGAUUACUACUGGUACUACCAGCAGCGGCAGCGUUACUACUAGUACUACCAGCAGCGGCAGCGUUACUACUGGUACUACCAGCAGCGGCGGCGUUACUACUAGUACUACCAGCAACGGCAGCGUUACUACUGGUACUACUAGCAGCAGCAGGAUUACUAUUGGUACUAAUAGCAGCAGCAGGAUUACUACUAGUACUACCAGCAGUGGCAGGAUUACUACUGGUACUACCAGCAACGGCAGGAUUACUACUGGUACUACCAGCAAUGGCAGGAUUGCUACUGGUACUACCAGCAGCGGCAGGAUUACUACUAGUACUACCAGCAGCGGCAGGAUUACUACUAGUACUACUAGCAGCAGCAGCAUUACUACUGGUACCACCAGCAGCGGCAGCAUUAGUACUAGUAGCGGUGGUAACGUUACUACUACUACUACCAGCAGCAGCAGGAUUACUACUGGUACCACCAGCAGUGGCAGGAUUACUACUAGUACUACUAGUAGCGACAGGAUUACUACUAGUACUACCAGCAGUGGCAGCAUUAGUACUAGUAGCAUUGACAGCAUUACUACUGGUAAUACCAGCAGCAGCAUUACUACUAGUACUACUAGCAGCGGCAGGAUUACUACUAGUACUACCAGCAGCAGCAGCAUUAGUACUAGUAGCAGCAGCAGCAUUACUACUAGUACUACCAGCAGCGGCAGCAUUAGUACUAGUAGCAGUGGCAGGAUUACUACUAGUACUAGUAGUAGCGGCAGCAGCAGCGUUACUACUACCACCACUCCAGCAGCAGUAGUAACAGCAAUGACUAUUUGUUGA